AUGUUUAAUUUUUGGUCAAAACCCGAUCCUAAAGAUGAACAACGCGAGGUAGAUCGCCAGUUACGAAAAGUCGGUAGGGACAUUGAAAGGGAUCGUAGGCAAAUUGAAAGAGAUGAGAAGAAAUUGGAAUUAGAAAUCAAGAAAUUAGCCCGAGAGGGUAACAACGACGGAUGUCGGUUAUUGGCGAAGCAGCUGGUCCAGCUGCGAAAACAGAAGCAGCGCUCCUAUGCUGCCGGCAGUAAGGUCCAAGGAAUAUCUUUCCAAAAUAAAGCGAUGGGGGCUAACGUAAAAUUAGCGGAUGCGAUGGGAACAGCGGGAAAAACCAUGUCGGAUAUGAACAAGCUUAUGAAACCGGAACAAUUAGCAGCUACGGUUAAUGCGUUUUCUCGAGAGAAUAUGAAGAUGGAAAUGACAGAUGAAAUGAUAAACGACACGUUGGAUGACAUGUUAACGGAAUCCGGGGAUGAGGAGGAAAGUGAUAACAUUAUCACUCAGGUAUUGGAUGAAAUUGGCAUCGAAAUAAGUGGGAAGAUGGCUUACGUUCCUAAUCCCGAUUCUGGAAAAAUCGGGGAAGGUUCCAAAUCCAAAGGUCUUACCGAUGAGGAAAUUGAAGCAACGUUAGCAAAACUGAGAGGUUGAUUAUUGUAAUAAGCAGCUACACACGUAUUAAUAAAAUUCCAAGAGUUUCUAUUGUUAUAAGUAUUGCACAGUUAUUGUUAUAUAUUUAUAUGCUACCGUAGGUACUUUUUUUUAAUAAAAUAUCAAGUAAAAUAAAUAAAAUCUUUAUUAAAAGAAAAUGUAUGACAUA